AUGUUGUUUCCGUUGGAAGAACAAAUCGGUCCUCGAGCUGCCCAGGUUGAUAAUCUUCGGACACCCAUCCCUAUCCUUCUCCAGUCUGGUACAUUCGAAACAGUAGAACGCGUCACUGAUCCCUUCCCCGCCACAUACAAUGCAUUUGUUCUGGAAGUUGCCAAAGGAGCAUUCAUCGCACACGCGCACCAAAGUCGUAGGCCGCACAUAGGAGUCGCAGACGGGACAUUUGCCGUCACAUUUGUCGCACAGGCGCCCGAUAGCAAUGCCGGUUUGCUUUCUGCACAUAACGAGAUCUGGGUGAUGACGCGACAUGAUGGGAGGUUUGUGUAUCUGAACGGUAGGUGA